CUCAAAAACUAUAUCCUAAUACAAUUUAAGUUUGUGAUAUAUCGCACCAUGAUUAAAAUAUUGACGGAAAAUAGCAAGACAUGUCAAAAAUUUAAGGUUAUAAACAAUGCCGGUAUCUGAAGUUACUUAGCUUGAUGCUCGAGCAAAGUAGGUUAGAUUGGAUUACGCUUUAGAAUCUUCAAAUGUUUCGAAUAGAAAGAUCGAGUGUCUUGUAAUUUACGUUUAUGCAAAAUGAGCGGCAAUGUAUUAAAAAAAGGAACAACAAUCAUUAAUGACAGACCAUUCGUUUUUACUCUCAGUUCGAAAGACAGGACUACUCGAUGUGACAAUUGCUUGAAGAGGUAGAACAUGGAAAAUUGUUAAAAUGCUCAGGUUGUCAAUACGUAUAUUACUGUGAUCGUAAUUGUCAGAAAGAAUCAUGGUCGAUACACAAGGCAGAAUGUGCACAUUUGAAAAAGGUAUCACCAAAAGUGUUGCCAGAUGCUGCCAGACUCAUGGCACGAAUAAUUCUCAAACUCAAUCAGGGUGGAGCUGACGAAGUAGGCUAUUAUACUGAGAAGAACUUUAGAAAAUUCAAAGAUCUAAUGUCUCAUUACUCAGAUGUAAAAGCAGAUGCAAAGCGAAUGGAACACUUUACUUCAUUGUGUGGAGUUUUAUUCCAAUUCCUCAAUGAGGCACUUAUACCUAACAUUGCUGAGUUGAUGGGUAUUUAUGGUAGGAUAUGCACGAAUAGCUUCAACAUACUGGAUCUUAAUAUGAAUACUAUUGGAGUUGGUAUUUAUCUGGGAGCAUCUGUGAUGGAUCAUAGUUGCAAACCCAACGCAGUUGCCAUUUUUGAAGGGACUACCAUCAUCAUCAGAACAUUGAUGGAUCUUCCCUGUUUCGACUGGUCGCAGAUAAGAAUAUCAUAUGUCGAUUUACUUAGUUCUAAUAAGGACAGACGUGAAGAACUGCACAAUACAUAUUACUUCUGGUGUGAUUGUGAAAGAUGUAAAAAAGAGGAACCAAUGGCUGAAGCGGCCGCGUGUCCAAACUCAUCGUGCGAUUCGCCGUGUUCGAUUGAAGUUGACGAAUGCGAGAAGUGUAAUACCAGAAUAUCUGUAGAGUUUAAGAAAACAUUUCAGGAAGUGGUUGAUUUUACCGUUCAUCAUUUGGAAAAGAUGAAAACUAUGGCUUAUCUGGAUGCUUGUAAGAUAUGUUUGAAGAAGCAGAAGGGCAUAAUGCAUAAAUUUAAUGUACAACAUGUCCGUACUCUCGAAAUGGCUCAUAUCGCGGCUAUGGACCUGAAAUGUUGGGAAGAUGCAGAAAUUUAUGGCAAGGAACUCUUGCCAGGAUAUUUAUUGUAUUACGGGGAAGUACAUCCUUUGACAGGAUUGUUGUAUCUUAUGAUAGGAAAAAUACAGUUGCACUUGGAAAAACCAAAAGAAGCGCUCCAAGUACUAAACCAAGCGAGUACAGUGUUAAUGAUAACGCACGGUGAUAAGCACUCUUUAAUAAGGGAGGAAUUGAGACCUUUGAUUUAUCAAGCCACUAUGGAGAGUGAUACUCACGACGUGUAACGAUCAUAGAUUUUUUGUAAUUUUAGUAAUAAACUAUUUUUUAAACAGCCAAA